AUGUAUUCUCUGGAUUUUGUUGUAGAAAAAGCACUAGAAGAAAAUAUUGAAGAGGACUAUAAAAAUCUCAGCAGGAAUAUGGGAGUUCAGAGGAUUGAGAAAGACCAUGGAAAUGAAUGUCAUAAUGAGUGUGAUAAAAACCAGCAAGCUAGUCCAGGGAGUAUGAUCAAUAACAUCUUGCCUUCCAGAGUAGUUGAAACUUCUCCUGAAGAGAAACUCAGGAAAAAACAAUGUAAAGAAGCCUGUAGAAGUCUGUGCUUAGAUCAGCCUCAGGAGAGAACUUAUACUGGAGAUAAACUCAAUGAGGAUGUGUUCAUGAGAUACACACGUGGACAGAAUGAUGAACAAAACCAUAAAGAAGUGGAACAAUUUGUAUGUAGUUUCUGUGAAGAAUCCUUCAUUGAUUCCAGUGAGCUUUCCAAGCAUGAAAAAAGUCAUAUUGAAGAGGAAAGGUACAUUUAUAGGCAAUGUGGCCAAACAUUUAAAUAUAAAACAUGUUUUGAGAAACAUGAAAGAAUUCACACUGGAGAAAAACCUUAUGCGUGCAAGCAUUGUGGAAAAGCCUUCAACAACCGCAGUACUCGUAAUAUACAUGAGAGGAGCCACACUGGAGAGAAACCUUAUGCAUGUAAGCAUUGUGGAAAAAACUUCACCAGUUCUUCUUAUCAAAACCUUCAUGAAAGAAUUCACACUGGAGAAAAACUUUAUGCAUGUAAGCAUUGUGGAAAAGCCUUCAACCACCGCAGUACUCAUAAUAUACAUGAGAGGAGCCACACUGGAGAGAAACCUUAUGCAUGUAAGCAUUGUGGAAAAACUUUCACCAGUUCUUCUUAUCGAAACCUUCAUGAAAGAAUUCACACUGGAGAGAAAACUUAUGCAUGUAAGCAUUGUGGAAAAGCCUUCAACAACCGCAGUAGUCAUAACAAACACGAGAGGAGACACACUGCAGAGAAACCUUAUGCAUGUAAGCAUUGUGGAAAAAACUUCACCAGUUCUUCUUAUCUAAACAUUCAUGAAAGAAUUCACACGGGAGAGAAACCUUAUGCAUGUGAGCAUUGUGGAAAAGCAUACAGCACUUCCAGUACUUGUCAUUUUCAUGAAAGAAUGCACACGGCAGAGAGAAAUCAUACAUGCAAGCAUUGCGGAAAAGCCUUUUUCUGUCUCAAGCAUCUGAAAAGGCAUGAAAUAAUUCACACUGGAAAAACGCCUUUUGCAUGUAAGCAUUGUGGAAAAGCCUUCAACCACUCCAGUAAUUGUAACAGACAUGAGAGUAACCACACUGCAGAGAAACCUUAUGCAUGUAAGCAUUGUGGGAAAAAGUUUGCCAGUUCUUUUUCUCGAAACAUUCAUGAAAAUAUUCACACUGGAGAGAAACCUUAUGCAUGUAAGCAUUGUGGAAAAACCUUCAACAGUCCCAAUAGUCGUAAGAAACAUGAACGUAUGCACACUGCAGAGAAACCUUCUGAAUGA